UAAAGAUGGCUAUGAUGGUUCCCCCCCAAAUGAAUCCAAAAUAUAAAACGUCUCUUUGUAAGCAUUGGACUACAACAGGAAAUUGCAGUAUUGGAUCUAGAUGUCAUUUUGCUCAUGGAGAAAGGGAAUUACGUAAUCCUAAUGAUGUAUAAAAAAUAUUCAUGAAUUUAUUUAGCCAUUACCAUAAUUACCAAGUCAAAAUUUAUAAGAUCCUAAACUUCUAUAAGUUUAUUUUUCUGGCAGUUUGGGAAUUCAUAAUUAUAAAACUACAUUAUGCAAAUAUGCUAGCAAUAACACUUGUAGAUAUUAAGAAAUGUGUCAUUAUGCACAUUCUCCAGAAGAAAUGAUUCCAUUUGAGAAGGUGAGAAAUGUUACUACACAAGUCUUAAUUUCAAACUAUGUCUCUUUAAUUAAGAGUCAUUAUUUAUUAAAUAGUCAUUCAAUUCCUGGAUUAAAUAUCAAUUAAGAAUAAGUGGAAGUAAUCUUUAAAUAUUUAUGAUUUAGUUAGCACUUUAAAUGGAAUUCCAAAAAUUGAUAGUGGCUUAAUAAUUGAAAUUUGUUUUAAAUCAUCUUGAUAAGAUGGAUUAUACUUAAUCAGAAUUAAGAUUGAAAAUAAAUACAGCUCAUGAAUUAUUGAAUGCUAACAACUUUCCAGGUUGUAGUUAAACUAUCAGUGAUAUUAUCAAUAGACCAAAUGUACCUAUAGAUGAAAAGAAACAUUAUCAAGAUAUCCUUUAUGAAAGUGCUUAAGAAGGAUAAAGAAUAGUGGAAGGAUAUUAAAGAUAAAUAUUUGAAUUUUAAUGUGAAUAAGCUUAAUAAUUACAGGAGACAUAUUAAAAGAGUGAGAAUCCUUAAACUUUAUUUGGUAAUGCACCUACUCUUCCUACAACAAGUAUACCAGGAUAUCGGUUUUGA